AUGCCUGCUCAUUACCAUCAGCAAAGCAACCCGCCCCAGCGGGCGCAACUCUCUUCACUAGCCACCGACACUCUGGGAUUAGCUUGUCCAAACCUGGCCACGAACCGGUACUUUAUUAAGGGCCUGCCGCACACUGUCAUGAAGAAGGCCCCCAAUGGCAGCCGGAAGCGCAAAAUGUACCGCGGCAGCAGCGAGCCGCGUACGAAUACAAGCUCUCAGCUCCCCCUGCUUGGUCUGCACUGA